AUGUCUACGGAAGGCGUCUGGAUCUCUCCCACCGGGCGCAAAUCAUUCAUCCCCCUCGAAAACAACCCCGAAGUCUUUACCAGCCUGGUCCACGAUCUCGGCGUGUCGCCCGCCCUCGGCUUCUACGAUGUCUACAGCCUGGAUGAACCGUCUCUCCUCUCACACAUCCCGCGCCCAGUGUACGCCCUCAUAUUCAUAGCCCCCAGUGAAAUGCAAACAGCCGUCCGUCGACAAGACGGGCUGCCCAAGUCCGUGGCCAACGGCGGCCUCACCUAUGACCAAAGCGGCCCCGACGAGCCCGUCGUCUGGUUCCUGCAGACAAUCGGCAACGCGUGCGGGCUGUACGCGCUGGUCCACUCGGUGGCCAACGGAGACGCCAGGCAGUUUGUGAGCAAGGACUCCGUGCUGGCCAGGCUGAUUGAGACGGCUGUGCCGCUGAGGCCGCACGAGCGAGCAAAGGGCUUCUACGAUAACCAGCAACUGGAGGAGGCGCACAUGCGGGCGGCUCGGCUCGGGAGCUCUCGGGCGCCGCCGGCCGACGUCCACGCGGGACACCACUUCAUCUCGUUUGUGAAGGGGACGGACGGCCAUCUCUGGGAGUUGGAGGGCACGGCAGAUGGGCCCAUUGAUCGGGGGCCCUUGGCAGAUGGCGACGACAUGUUGAGCGAGGGGGCGUUGGAGCAGGGCGUCAAGAGGUUCAUCAAGAUGGGCGAGGGAAACGUCAACUUUAGCAUCGUUGCUCUGGCCAAAAACGACAGACAUGCGUCGGGACAUUGA